UGGCAAACCUAUACAUGUAUUGUUUUCACAGAAAACCAAAUCAUACCCAUAAAUAUGGGAGAGACUGAGGAAAACGUUAAAGAUCAAGGUGAAAUUGAGAAGGAAGAGAAAGACAAAGCAGAGGAUGGUGACGCAAAAGACGAAAAGAAAGACAAGGACGAGAAAAAGAAGAAAGAUAAAGAAGGUGGGGAAGAUAAAGCUGGGGAUUUGGCUGAUGAAGAAGAAAAACAGUCCAAGGACAAGAAGAAGAAGAAAGAAAAGAAAGAGAAAACUGAUAAGAAGGAUCCACCAAAACUUCAGGCAAAGCUUGAGAAACUAGACUCCAAGAUCCAGGCUCUUCAGGCUAAGAAAGAGGAAAUCCUCAAACUGCUUGAGGAACCCAAACAAGGUGCAGAAAAUCCAACCCAGUGAAUCUGCCCCAAAUAUCAAUCAAUGUACAUCGAUGUAUAGAAGUCUACGCAUUUCCCUGGAUAAUUUUGUUUGAUUAUUUGAUCAUUGAAGUUUUAUUCCCUGCUCAGAUAUGCUUGUUACGAAUGCAAUUUAACGCUUAAUUUAAAGGACAUUUGAUUUGGUUGGUA